UACUCUGAUUUGUUUUACAAAACUCUCAUUAUGUAUUCCUACUAUUGCAAAAUACCAACAUCAUAUAAAAAAUAAUUUAUUACAACUUAAAUUCCAUUAAUUUUUGUACUCAAAAUAGAAAAGUCGAAUAAUGAUAUAAAGGCUUUACACGUAAAAAUAUUGCCAUAUCAUUUGUUUCAACAAAUCAAUAGUCCAUAAAUUAUUAUUAUCCUGAGUAAAUUGUUUGACAUGAUGAAAUAAUGCAGCCUACAUUUAGGAAUUUAUUAUUUAUUGAAAGUGCUGGAUAGAAUAUUUACUUAGAGUUUAUAUCAUCACAAUCAAGAAAAUUAACUUGAAAACAAUAAAUUGUUAUAAUUUUAGGAAAUAACUCUAUGAAUAAAUAUAACAUGAUUGCCUUAUCAAAUUAUAUAAUUAUUGUAUGGCAAUUGGGGGAACCGCAACUUUGUCGUGUUAAUACAAGGUACACUUUUGGAAGAUGGGCGAGUUCUUUCUUGGAACAAUAGGUAGUUUACCACAAAUAGAGCAUCCAAGAGUGGCUUGGGAGGAGAAUCCUUCAGGAGUAGAGGUAAGAAGAUGUUUCUACUCUGAAUUUUGUAGAUUUGCUGCCAUCUAUAGAUGGUUGGGAAGUUUUCCAGUGGAAACAUCAAGAUUGAGCCGUAACUUGAAUUUCUCAUGGAAAAGUACUAUCACACUGAUGUCAGUUUUGUCUCUACCUAUUACUAGUGUAUUUCUGUGGAGCUGGGAACGUUUUGGUGAUACUUUGGAGCAACUUUUCUCUUUAAUUUUGACCAUCUGCCCUCUAGUAAACAAAAUUCUUUACAUAAAUAACACGCCUUCUUUGAUCAAACUGAUCCAACAGAUGGACCUGAUUGAUGUGGACAGCAGCCUAAAAGAGAGAAAUGUCGAACUUAUCAAGAAAGACCAUAAGUUUAUCAUUUGUUUUGGACUGGUAUCAAGCGCCAUCGUCAUGUUUCCGCACUCCAUCCUGACGACGGGUCCCGUUCCACAAGUUAUCUUCUACCAUUUCCUCCACUGCCAGUGGAUGAUCACAUCCAUGGCUCAAUCAUCAAUCUACUAUGCUAUUUGUUACCAAAUGAACCACUUCUGUGAUCGCUACCUCUCUUCCUUGGAAGAAAUCGCCAGUUGGCCUCAUAACGAAGUCUCUGAAGAUCUUAUUGAAGACCAUCGCAUCGUCCAAGCCAAACUGAUGACCUGUGUGAGAUUAAUGGAUGAUACUUUUGGCUCCUGGCUGGCCUUCAUCUACAUAACCAAUUGUGUGAAGUUCCUGCUCUACUGCUACUACUCAAUGUAUGGCAUUCGUAGGGGAGAGAUGGGAUUGACAUUGCUGCAGAUGAUAUGGUUUCUUUUUUUCGUCUACCGCCCUGCUGUGCUCACAGACCACAUCAACAGAAAGAACAAGAAAAUUAUGCCUUACCUGGUAAAGAUGGCUCUGAAACCGUUUCCUGACAGCACAUUGUUUCAGAUUAACUACUUUAUCCGUCAGCUCAAGUUUAACGUAGCUUCAGUUAGUGCAGCAGGACUCGCGGACAUCAACAAGGAAAUCGUCACCAAGUCAUUGUCACUGUUUGCUACAUCAUUCGUGGCAGUGAUUCAGCUGGAGCCCCAGGUCCAGAACUUAGUGACAUAUCUGAGAAGGAUGAUCAACUCCACUUCACCCAGCCAGUAAUCGUUCCUCAUCUUCACUUAUGUCUUAAAAGCAGUAUAAAACUACAACCUUGUUAAACAAAUAACUUACAUCUCAGCCUCUUAAAUAAUGACAGCCUAAUUAUACGUUUAAUGCAACCUAUUUUACUGUAACUAAGAAUGUCCGGUUACCUGUCCACUCACAAGACUUGACACCAUUGGAUUUAAAAAAAUCUUUAACAAAGUUUAUACAUACAGAGCAACAUGUACUAUUGAAAUUGUAGGAUAUGCGUGAUACAUAUUGAAGGGGCCAUAUUAAAAACCUUUUGUAAAUUAAAACUACUUAAAAACUGAGUAUUUACAUUUACAAUCCAACAACAUAAAACAAAUUAUUUAUUACAUUCGUUUUUAGUUAUAGUAAAAUAAUUUGACUUUAACAUUUUAAUUAGGGUGUUUAGUUAAUUUUAUUUGAUGAUUUAAUUUUUAUAAAAUUAUAGAAUAUGAUACAAUAUGAAACUAACAUGCUAUUGUGCUAAUCAGAAAAAAUCAGUAACAGUAAUUUUUAUAGUGACCUUGUCUUAUAAUCUCUGUGUUCCACAAAACAUUUGAUUCCAACAGUACGUAUGUGCAGUGAAAUAUCAGUCAGAUUUACCAAUCAUCCGAAUAGAAUAAUAAAAAUUCCCUGCAAACAACCAUACAAAAGAACAGGUUUUUAUGAAUUAUCCGACAAAACCCACAAGGAAUAUGUAACAUAUGUGGUAUUUUUUAAAUCAGUAAAGAAAUUCACUUUCUUUAAUUAAGUAAAUAAUGUGUUGUUACAUUUAAAAAACCUACAUUACCUGCUUGCUGAUCUUGAAACAUUUUUCAUUACAUAAUUUAAAAGUAGAAAACAUUUCAAACAGAUUCAUGUAAACAUUUUUAUU